AGUGGUGAUGUGACGAAAGAUAAUAAACUUUCUGGCGAUUGAUUUCUGAAAGUGUAUUGCCGUAUCAAAUCGACAUUUGUUAUAAAUAUUGGCAAAUUUCUAUUGUGCCGUUUGUGCCAAAAAAACGUACAUGGUACUUUCAAGGCCGGGUUCGAAUUGCGCUGGGACAAUUCUGAAAUCUGGUCUUUUGGAGCAACUCGAGCAAUGAAUUGGGCAUUGGGCAACACCUACUCUUGCACGGGAGGAGUGUUGGCGCGUGGCGCAACGCACUGCAGUCAGCCGCCACCGCCUUGUGAAAUGGUCGCACCGAAGGCUAUAUUUAUUCCCGAUCGGACUAGAUGGGUUUUGUUACACAAAAACUGCACGGUGAAGCGCAAAAAGUAUUUUACGCGUUAAAUUACAAUGUUGCCAGAUAACUGUUAACAUGACACACAUCCGUUGCGCGCGGGCGGACAUUUGAACGUUUUUUCGUGGAUAUUUUAUAGAUUUUAAAAUGAUAAUGAAGUGGUACUGUUUGGUUGUUCUGUAUAAUGUGUGUGCGAUUAAGUGUCAUUCGAUAGCGAUGAGUGAGCUUGAUGAUUUUAGUAAUUUUCUAAUGGAAACGUCGCAGUUGGACCAAAAUGUUAAAAGUUCCUACCCCGGUAACGACUACGACGACGACGAUGACGAACCGAUAUCGGACCACGCGUGGGAGGAGAGCGGGAAGUUCGAGGGAGACCUCGUCCUCAACGAGCGGCAGCGACGCCUGAUAGUCGCAAGCGUAGCCGAAGGCCUCGCCCGUAACGGCCUCACUGACACCACCAAGAAGUGGCCCAACAAUGAAGUCAUCUACUUCAUCCAAGCGGAGCAUUUCACGGGUGACCAGGUCCAGGCUAUACAGGACGGUAUAGACGACCUCGCGCGGUCCUCGUGUGUGAAGUUCACGCCGUAUAAAAAGGGGGACAGAGACGCUGUUGUAAUUCAGGGUAGCAGACGAGGGUGUUUCAGCCAGGUGGGCUACCAAGGAGGUUACCAAGUGCUGAACCUCUCCGGCCGGCAUCCCGUCGGCCGCGGCUGUUUCCGCCAUGGCACGGUGGUGCACGAGCUCCUGCAUACACUCGGCUUCUACCACAUGCAGAGCAGCUCCGAUAGAGACGACUACAUCGACAUCAUAUGGGAGAAUAUUGUUAGGCGGGCUCGCCAUAACUUCCGGAAAUACAACUCGUUCGCCGUGACUGACUUCGGCGUGGGCUACGACUACGACAGCGUGCUGCAUUACAGCCGGAAAGCCUUCUCGUCGAACGGACAAGACACUAUUGUGCCUAAACAGAGUGGUUCCAAUAUCGGCCAACGAGUAGGUGCCUCCGAGAAGGACAUACAGAAACUAAACAAAAUGUAUUGCGACGCCGACUCCGAAGCAUUGGAUGAAAACGAGCCAAAAAAACCCGAACCCAAGAAGAAAGCGAGGAACAGGCCGUUUGAAGGCCACGGAAUAGGAUACCAGCAAGGUAAAACUGUGGUAAUAAAACUUCCUACGAACCAACCGGCGGAGCAUUCACCACAAAUUAUGUAUUAUUUUAGUAACCCGCCGAAAGUGCCACCGGCGUUUGUUCAAGGAUUUGGAGCUGGAAAAGAAGUAAACUACGGCUACCGUCCGCCGACGCUAUCUUACGAGAACAAGGUGCCCAAUGGACAGAAACUUCCCGUACAUGCUGAAAUUGCAACGCAUAAAGAGGACAGCGAAAUAGCAGAAAAUGACGAAGAAUUAAACGACGCCCUGAAGCGAUUUGCAAAUAUAUUAAAAUCCCAUAAAAAUCCUUACCCACCUGCGUUCAAUUAUGAUUACAGCAAGUACAUGAAUCCUACUAAGAAAGAAAAACCUCCAAAAGAAAUGGCAUAUUACAAAGCCGCCACUCACCAAGAGAGUCCUAAAGAAUACUCUAUUCAAUACGGAUCACAUGAAUCAGAAGAUGAAAAUAUCUACGGCAUAAGACCUCAAAAGUAUUAUCAAGCGCUGAAAGCGAGUGAUCAUGAGACGAAUUCUGAUUCUGAAGAGAUUAUUCAUCCGAGAGAUUAUGAAUAUAUCCCAAGUGGUCUAAUAAAAAAUAAUUACAGUGCUGUGUAUGACCCAGAACAAUUUAGUUUUCGAAACGUAGCACCAAUGCGACUAGUGCAAAUUAAGGAGUAUAAUAAGGAUAACCUAGAAUUGAGACCCAUUAGAAAUAAGCAAUUUGAUGAUAGUGAAUUAAGUACAUAUUCUAGUGUUCAAAAUAGUCAUUUAAAUGAGCAAGCACCUACUUAUAGUUACUCUAUUCCUGUAGAUCAUUCGUGGUUAUCAACGAAAAGUCCUGGUCAUAAUUAUUAUUACAAAGAAGAAUAUCCAGACUCAGCAGAGGUUUACAGAUAAUGUUUUAUUCUUAGUUAUUAUACAAUUUAUUCUGUUACCAGCUUAGAACUUGUAAAUGCCUUUCUAUGAUAAGAAAUAAAUGUUAAGUGUUUUCGUUA